AAUUGAUUUGAUUGGAACUUGAAAUCCGCUGAGUAACCGACCGCUAUAAAUAGACCUUUUUUCACCCAAGGUUUUCCGUUUUCUUGUCGGCUUUUGGAAACGAUUUUUGUGUUAGGUUUUCUUAGAUUUGUGGAAGCAACCACGAAACCCUACCCCUAGCUUCAGCGAAGUUCUUUCUUUCUCUCUCUCUCUCUCUCUCGAGAAUCGAUGGCUGCUAAACCUCUCACUACUGAGGCAAUUGCCCUUACAGAAAAGAAAAUGGACAUGUCAUUAGAUGACAUUAUUAAAAUGUCAAAGAACCCUGCAGCAACUAAACCUAAGCAGCAGCGUAGGCCACCGGUAAGAAACUACUGUUUGGAAGCUUAUAAUAAAAGUCAGAAAAGUUUUAAUAACGCUGUUCAAGAUAAGGCUUUAAAAGUUCGACAGCAUAUGGGCUCAAGAUCCUCUGUUAGACAGGGUGUUCUUGCUCAGAGAAGGUCAAAUUUCCAGAAUAACCAUUUUCCUCUAGCGAAUGAAGCUGCAAGGAAAGCCGUAGUUGCUCCUGUCAGAAAUAGAGCUUUUAAUGGUAGCAUGGUGACAAAUAAAAUGAAAAGAGCAAGGGUUGGAGCUAUGCCAGUUCAGAGGAAAGUUGCAAAUGGGGGUUUUGUUGCUAAGUCACUGCAGCAGGACAAUGGAGGGCCUAAGCAGCUGAGGCCUCAAACACUGGAUUCACUAUUUGCCAAUAUGAAGGAGCAGAGGAUGAGGGUCUUUCAACGCCAGAGUAACGGUGGUGUUCAACGCCAGAGUAACGGUGGUGUUCAACGCCAGAACAAUGGUGGUAUUCAACGCCAGAACCAUGGUGGUGUACAACGCAAUGGGGGAGGCCGGCCAAGGCUGCCUUGGGCAAGAGGCCGAUUUGGCAACUAAAGCAAACUAGUAGUUGGGAUCUCUUAUUAGUGCAAGGGUUGAAUGCUUGCCUAGUUGGUUCAAGUUGAAACACGGGGAUUUUGUUUUUUUCUUAUAAAUCUCACUGUCUGUCUCUUUGACAUUUUGAUAAGAUAUUCAUGUUACUUGGCUCAUUUGAUCAAAAAUGUAUAGCAGCUCUUUUCUUGCUUUAUGACUGAUACAUUCCCCGGUUCUUGGCUUAAUUAGUUCACUUAAU